AUGCUUGCCGACUGUGAGGAGGCGGAUGUGUUGGUGGAGCACCGAGUGUUACAGCUGGCAUCUGGGAGCCCCUUCCUUGUCCACGCGGCUUUUGCAUUUCAGACCAAGAUGCUUGUUCUACUUGGGCUGGAAUACAUGAGCUGCGGGGACUUUGAUCAAUUCCUUAAGAUGAAGGGGCGGCUUGACAUCCCCAGUGCAAGAUUCUAUGCCGCUGAGCUCGUGUGUGGCAUCCAAUUUCUCCAUUCGAAGGGAAUCAUCCACAGAGACCUCAAGCCCGAGAACAUCCUGGUGGCUGAGACGGGCCAUAUUAAGAUCACGGAUUUCGGUCUCGCACUUGACAACAUGCUUGGAGACCGCACAGCCACCGAAUAUGCUGGAACAAAGGGCUAUGUGGCUCCUGAGAUGCUGGCUGGGGAGGAGUAUGGCGUCGGAGUGGACUGGUAUUCAUUUGGUGUCAUCUUAAAUGAAACGAUUACCAGUAAGUGCACUUACCAUCCUGCACGCUCCGGCGCUAAAGACAUCAUUAAAAAGCUCCUCCAGAGAGAUCCUGCCAAGCGCUUAGGAGUCCACGGGAACAUCCGAGGCCAUCAUUUCUUCCAGCAUAUUGACUGGGUCUCAGUGGAAGCCCUUCGGAUGCCCCCACCACACAUCCCUGUACCAUCUACACCUCAACGCUGUGCCAGGCGAUUCAACCUGGGCAUAAUAGAGGCAGCAGCGGCCAAGAAGGGACAUUUACCAUCUAAACAUCAGGCCAUUUUCAGAGGGUUUUCAUUUGUCACCCGGUAAACCCUCCACCAGCUCUAAUGUCAUCAGAGCAAGAUGUCCUCCUGAGCUCCUGGAGAAGAUUGAUGGACGGACAGAAGAACGGACCCAGUGUGAAGACCAUGAAGAACUAUCACAACAGGACCUGCGAUUGGCACUGGGCUGAAGAAAAAUAACAUCUGAAAUACACUUGAUGAGAGAGGACACUGGUCCUGGAUCUCACAGAUCAACGCUGGAUGACUGUG